UGUGGUCGCUUCUUCCUUUCGCGCUGGUUGCUGGAGAACAGCGCGUCCAUGUGCGCAUCGACUUGGACUUCUUAGUCAAAAGAAUCUACUGAAACCGAGCCAUAACCAAACCAGGACAUGGAUGCCAACAGUCUGAUCGAAGCCCUUCGGGGCACCAUGGACCCGAAUCUGCGGGAGGCCGCCGAGAGGCAGUUGAGUGAGGGCCAUAAACAGGUGAACUUUGUCUCCACUUUGCUUCAGCUCACAAUGUCCGAACAACUGGACCUUCCGGUGAGGCAAGCAGGGGUAAUUUACUUGAAGAACAUGGUUACCCAGUACUGGCAUGAGGGUGAAGGGACAGGUGCUGGAGAGGUCCCUGGCUUUACCAUCCCAGAAGAGGACCGCCAGUGUAUCCGUGACAACAUUGUGGAGGCCAUCAUGCAUUCACCUGAGCUCAUAAGGGUGCAGCUCACUACCUGUAUUCAUCACAUGAUUAAACAUGAUUACCCCAACAAAUGGACUGCAAUCUUAAAUGGACUGCUCUUGCAGUACAACCUCCCCAUGGAGCUCAUCAACCAGCAGAGCCUGACUGAGUGGAUGGAGAUCCUGAAGACUGUGGUGGACAGAGAUGUUCCUGCGGAAACACUGCAGGUGGAUGAGGACGACAGGCCUGAGCUGCCCUGGUGGAAAUGCAAAAAAUGGGCCCUGCACAUCCUGGCUCGGAUUUUCGAAAGGUACGGAAGCCCAGGCAAUGUUUCUAAGGAUUACACAGAGUUUGCUGAAUUGUUCCUCAAGGGAUAUGCUGUUUCUGCUCAACAGGUUUUAUUGAAGGUCUUGUAUCAGUACAAAGAAAAGCACUAUGUAGCUCCCAGGGUACUCCAGCAGACCCUCAACUAUAUCAACCAGGGGGUUGCACAUGCACUUACAUGGAAGAACCUGAAGCCUCAUAUCCAGGGAAUCAUUCAGGACGUGGUUUUCCCUCUGAUGUGUUACACAGACACCGAUGAGGAGCUCUGGCAGGAAGAUCCAUAUGAAUACAUCCGCAUGAAGUUUGAUGUUUUUGAAGACUUCAUCUCUCCGACAACUGCUGCACAGACCCUACUGUUUACUGCAUGUAGUAAGAGAAAAGAGGUUCUGCAGAAAACCAUGGGCUACUGCUAUCAGAUCUUAACAGAACCCACUGCUGAUCCACGCAAAAAGGAUGGCGCUUUGCAUAUGAUCGGAUCCUUAGCUGAAGUUUUAUUAAAGAAAAAGAUCUACAAAGAUCAGAUGGAGUUCAUGCUGCAGAACCACGUGUUCCCCCUGUUCAGUAGUGAGCUGGGAUACAUGAGAGCGAGGGCCUGUUGGGUCCUUCACUAUUUCUGUGAAGUGAAGUUCAAGCUCGACCAGAAUCUGCAGACAGCCCUGGAGCUGACAAGACGCUGCCUGAUCGACGAUAAAGAAAUGCCUGUGAAAGUCGAGGCUGCUAUAGCUCUUCAGGUUCUCAUCAGUAACCAGGAAAAAGCCAAGGAGUACAUCACCCCCUUCAUCAGGCCUGUGAUGCAGGCGCUCCUCCAUAUUGUCCGUGAGACGGAGAACGAUGACCUCACCAAUGUCAUCCAAAAGAUGAUCUGUGAAUACAGUGAGGAGGUCACCCCCAUCGCAGUGGAGAUGACCCAGCACCUGGCAAUGACAUUUAACCAGGUGAUUCAGACGGGUCCUGACGAGGAGGGGGGUGAUGACAAGGCAGUGACAGCCAUGGGCAUCCUGAACACCAUCGACACACUGCUCAGCGUGGUGGAAGACCACAAAGAGAUCACACAACAGCUAGAAGGAAUCUGUCUUCAAGUGAUUGGUACAGUUUUACAGCAGCACGUUUUGGAGUUCUACGAGGAGAUCCUGUCUCUGGCUCACAGUCUGACAUGUCAGCAGGUGUCGCCACAGAUGUGGCAGCUUUUACCACUCGUCUUUGAGGUCUUCCAACAGGACGGCUUUGAUUACUAUACAGAUAUGAUGCCUCUCUUGCAUAACUACAUUACAGUUGAUACAGACACCCUUUUGUCUGAUACCAAAUAUCUUGAAAUGAUCUACAGUAUGUGCAAAAAGAUCCUGACCGGCGAUGCAGGGGAAGAUGCUGAGUGUCAUGCAGCUAAACUGUUAGAAGUAAUCAUCCUUCAGUGCAAAGGGCGUGGCAUUGACCAGGUUGUUCCCCUCUUCGUGGAAGCGGCUCUGGAGAGGCUGACCAGGGAAGUGAAGACGAGUGAGCUGAGAACCAUGUGCCUGCAGGUAGCCAUCGCUGCUCUGUACUACAGCCCUCCUCUGCUUCUCACCACCCUGGAGAACCUGCGCUUUCCCAACAACACCGAACCAAUCACCAACCACUUCAUCACCCAGUGGCUCAAUGACGUCGACUGCUUCCUAGGCCUCCACGACCGGAAGAUGUGUGUGCUGGGCCUGUGUGCUCUGAUGGAUCUGGAGCAGCGGCCACAGGUGGUGAACCAGGUAGCCGGGCAGCUGCUGCCUGCCACCAUCCUCCUGUUCAACGGGCUGAAGAGAGCCUACGCCUGCCGAGCCGAGCACGAGAACGAUGAGGAUGAUGACGAAGAUGGAGAGGAAGACGAGGAAAACGAAGAACUGGGUAGUGAUGAAGAUGACAUUGAUGAGGAAGGUCAGGAGUAUCUGGAGAUGCUGGCGAAGCAGGCGGGCGAGGACGGGGAUGAUGAGGACUGGGAGGAUGACGAUGCAGAGGAGACGGCUCUCGAGGGCUACACCACUUUAGUGGACGACGAAGAUAACCUUGUGGACGAGUAUCAGAUUUUCAAAGUCAUCAUGCAAAAUCUCCAGACUCGUGACCCAGGGUGGUACCAAGCUCUUACACAGACUCUAAAUGAAGAACAAGCAAAACAGUUACAAGACAUUGGGACUUUGGCAGAUCAAAGACAGGCAGCCCAUGAGUCUAAAAUGAUUGAAAAGCAUGGAGGAUAUAAGUUUACUGCGCCGGUUGUGCCAAACAACUUCAAUUUUGGAGGCAGUGCCCCAGGAAUGAAUUGAGUCCUCACCCCAUCCUUUUCUAACUCUGACUGAUUGUAGUGAAAAAGCUUGUGGUGUUCCCUCAAGUAGAGGUUCCAGUACUGGUUCUUCUGACCCACUCUUCGAUUUAAACCAACUUUAUAUGCUGUAAUGAAUUGGACACUGGGGGGGGGGCAGAAGAUGUGGGAAAGCAACCAAUGUGACAUGACUGGGGAAAAUAAACCAAGAUCAUCUUGAACCUCAAAAUCAAGCUCUAAAACAUUAUAUUAUGGAAGUCCAAAUUCUGGAGGGGGUGUCAUGACGGCAGCUUUUUCUUCCACAGGAAACUAAUGUGGGCAAGGAAAUCCUUGACAACAGGACAAUAUUGAAAUGUCCCACAAGUGUCACAGUACAGGCUAGAAGGCCACUCUUAAAUUACACCUGUGGCAGUAGUGUUAAUAUUUGUCUAGAUUUUACAUUAACAAAUUCCCAUAUUUGUAAUGUGAAUAUAAAUCAAGGUACUGUAGGAAGUAGCCUUACAGAAUAAGGCAUUUAUAUAGGCACUUGAAGAAGGGUGUAAGCGAGUGUGUUCAUAUGUAGCAUAUUGGGUACCUGUCAUAGCACUAAGUGGUGCCCGAUACCUGUAAAUUUACUAGCACUUUCAUAUUCAGGCCUCCUAGCCUUCUUUAUCAGAUUAGAAAUUUGCUAAAUUGGGGAGGAUAUAAAAACAACAAAAAAAGAAAUUCAGCUGGAAGGCAACUAGAAUGAUCUGGCAAUGGCUGGUUGUCACACAAAUGUGGUUGCCGUAUAGAAAACAUGGUGGCAUUUCCUUGCUGCUGAAAAUGGCAACUCCCUCUGGAUAUUUUCAAAGCUCUUGGUGUUCAAUUUGGAUGCUAGACAUUGUGUUGUACGCACUGAAAAUCAUUGAAGCAUGUAAAAUUGGACUUGAGGCUCUUACCCGAGUUACAUGAAUUUCAAGUAAUUGGUUGAUGUGUGUAUGGAUGAACCAUCUAUAUAUGCAACAAAAUAUUAAACACAAGUUGAGUUUCAUGUUGGGGAGUUGUAACUUAUUAGUGUAUGAGCUUGUAAUGAUUUAUUGCACCAUUUACAUUAUGUGAAAAUAUUAUUAAAUAGUGAGCAGAGGCCAGCUUCUGAAAUUCAGUGGAAACAAUAUAAAUUUAAAUUCUUGGUAGGUUCAUGAAACUAGCAAGCUGCAUGUAGUUGCAUCAAAGCACUCCAGGUUAUACAAGUAUAUAUAGGAAAAUAUACAUAUGGAUAGAUAUGAAAUGUUAAAUAGAAAAUAUAGCAUUGUUUGCCAGCUGCUACCAGUUUUCUUUGUUUUGUUUUUUUCAUUUCAAAAUUCUGACAAUUGAGUGGAAAAAAAGUGUACAAACCCAUUAAAGUAUCUGUUGUGGAUUUUACAUGUCAGCUGGCAAAAAAAAAAGUUGAAUAAAAUAAGCUAUUUUUUC